GACACUGAAUUGUUUUUUUUUAUUGGAAAUGUAUCCUUUAAACCACACAAUAGAAAAUACUGAGAUUACUAAAAUAGAAUCCCAGAUUGCCUCCUGGCGUUUGACUUAAAAAAAAAAUGUCUCUACUUUAACUGGAUUCACCUGAAAUGGUGAUAUAAGGGGGGUGCGUAACUCCGCUGUAUUUAAGGCAGAGAGCAUGGCUUGGUCAAGUGUUAACAUCAGUAACAUGUCUUUGGAGACUGAGCGUCCUGAGGAUGAUCCGCGGAACGAGCGCUUGGCGCAGGUGGAAAUAGUUCUUCUGUCUAUCAUCUUCAUCACUGCGGGGAUCCUGAACUCCGGGCUCUUGUUGGUGCUGUGGAAGCGCAGGAAGCAGCUCUCCAGGAUGCGCGUCUUCGUUUUCCACCUGUGCGUCGCAGACCUGGUGGUCACCUUCUUCCAAGUUUGUCCGCAGCUCAUGUGGGACAUCACGGACAGAUUCGUUGGUCCAGACAUACUGUGUCGCGCAGUGAAGUACCUGCAGGUGGUGGGGAUGUUUGCCUCCACGUACAUGAUAGUGGCUAUGACGAUAGACCGAUAUCAAGCCAUCUGCAAACCCAUGGUGACGUUCCAGAGGCGCAGGGCGCGCUGGAACGGUCCGGUGUGCGCCGUCUGGUGCGUCUCUCUCAUCGGCAGCCUCCCACAGGUGUUCAUCUUCUCCCGGGUGGAGGUCGCUCCCGGUGUGUACGACUGCUGGGCGCAGUUCAUCAAGCCGUGGGGAACGAGAGCCUACGUGACCUGGACCACUCUUGUGAUAUUUGUGCUGCCCAUUCUCACUGUGAUCGUGUGCCAGGUGCGCAUCUGCCGCACCGUGCACAUCAACUUCCACAUGAAGACGCAGCACGUCGGAGAGGCGCACACCAAGGCACUGUCCUCCAGGGCCAGCAGCGUGACUGGGGUGUCCAAAGCCAGGGCGAAGACCGUGAAGAUGACCGUGGUCAUCGUGCUCACAUACAUCAUCUGCUGGACGCCCUUCUUCACAGUGCAGCUGUGGUCUGUGUGGGACGUGCAGGCGCCCACUCAAUCUGCAAUCUUCAGCAUCCUGAUGUUGCUGGCCAGUCUGAACAGCUGUGCCAACCCCUGCAUCUACCUGCUGUUCAGCGGGAAGCUGCCCAAGAGACUGGUGGCUAUGAUGUGCAUGCGACAGUCGGAGCGGAAGGACUCCAUCCAGGAGGAGGCCACCAUGGUCAGCUCCCUGUACAUCAGUCUCAAGAGCUUUCGGUCAGCAGAUAAAGAGCCCGACGUCCACUGAGACGUCCUCUCAACACGAUAUAUCUUGACACCAAGUGUGAGAACAAACAUCAAAGCAUUGUGCUUAGUCCCUGUGGUAACAGUACUGUGUUGAGAACCCAUUGUGGAAAUGAUCCAGUGAAAUAUAGAAAGUCAAUGUUGAGUAGCAGAGACAAGUCAUUAAAGGGACAUUUCUCUAAAAACUCAUGGUUGUCUCUAUUACAUGAUCAAUGGUUUCUAUUUAUGUAGAACUUUUCUCGUCUUGAUGAAAACUCAAAGCUCUAUACAGUUUUUUUGCCAUCUCACACACAGUGUAUGUACAGUAAUUGUGGGGUUGCGACUGGGAUCGAACUGCUGCAUCUUUUGUUAGUGGGUGAUCCCCUCCACCCCCAAGCAGUGGAUUGCUAUUCCUAGUGUGACCACAGUAGUGGUGUGACUCGAGAGAUAGUGAUCCGUAGAUCCCUCCAUGAUAGUUCCAGACAUUCGAGGUGCCCAGAGGAUUCAUCCCAAUUACUUUGGGAUCCCUUGGGUUUUCCUAUGUAGCCACCACCAUGACAUUAACAUUGAUCGAACUGCCAUGACAUUUGGUUCAUAUAUAUAUGAUCUCCAGAGCAUGAACUGUAUGUGUCGUGUUUUAUGUUCUACAUGGAGGUCCUUUGUUUCCAGGGCCCAGCUUUAUUUUGAAUCCACAACCCAACAUGGAUCAGGUUAUUUUGUCAGAAAGACAUAAAUAUUGAGAAGAAUCAUUAACUGAGCACAUUUGCAUUAAUGACGUGACUUCUAAUUAGCUGCAUGUGAUCUCGUUUUGACAAAGAGGGUAUGCAACAGUUAACUUGUGAAAUACGGUAAUGAGUAAAAUGUGCUGCAUAAUAUCAAAGUGACAGAAACAAAUGUAAUGAAUUUUUUUUAAUCUGUAAUAUGUCUUUUGACUGUGAUUCUUCAGUAUACAUUACAGCUAAUCAAUAUAAAUGAUCACCUAUUCUGUAUAUGAUGAUGACAGAUCAGUCAUGUCACACCAAGAUCUUCAAAUCUGCAAUAAGAUGCUCACUCAUUAAUGUGGCAGGAUUUCUACAUUUUUCAAAGACUUUUCUCUGUUGCAAAAUAAACUGUUGUUUAUCUCACUUUAGAUUUAAAAUAUAAAUAGUUAUUUGUAUUUGUAAAGGGCCUCACAGGCGUGUUUUCCUGCAGACCCCUGUUUUUCUGCUGUGUGUCAUCUUACAGAGAAUAGACCAUGAAGACGUUGUCAGGUGACAGACACAAACAGGCAGAAAUAAAUUUCUCAUGGAUACCUGCCAUGUUGUGUCUAAGUAAUUAGCAUUAAUGCAUCAUAAUAACUCGUGGUGGGCAAUAUGAGGGAUAUCCGUGAAAUUGGUCUGCAAACAGAUCAAUAAAAAUGUGUCCGCUGCACAGACAAAUCCAGCAGACAUCUUCCCACAAUGAGUCCUGAGCCUUGACCCUCAUCAGGGACUGACCGGCAGCUAGUCUCUUUCAGCUCUGACCUUUAACGCUAAGAGAACAACCAGCGGCAGCAGCUUGACCCAGCUGCUGGAGGGAGGAGGGGUGCUGGCUGACAGGUCAGCUUAGCUAUCAUUUUUUAUCUGAACCAUGCAGCAUGUCUCAUGUCAUCAUUCAUAUUUAAUAAGAGUAAGAGUAGUGAUUUGCAGACAUCCUGCAAUUUACUUGGGGAAUAUGUUGUACAUAUUAGGCUCAGAUGAAAUGCUCACAACUUGAUAAGAACAAGGGAACAAGUAAAGGAAAAAAGCGAGUGACAAUUUAAUCUUUAGAAUGGACCUAGAAAUUAAAUGCACUUGAAUAUAAGAUAAACAUAAUAUAUUCCAUUGUACACACAGCCUCGCCAAUUUAUAAUAAUUUACCAAAGUGGUAGAAAUUAUUUCCCCCCAGAGAACCACCAUGUACAGAAAGACAUCAACAGAACCCCACCAACUUCAAACGAAAUUAAUCUUUGUAAGAGCAUCAUGAAUUUUUAAACCAUUAAUGUUUUAUAUUAACUAGUGCAUUCCCCAUUCCUAACCUG